CACAUUCUAGAAAAUUGCAUUAUAUUUCGCAGCUCGCACGCUACCGCUGAGUGCUUGAAUUUAUCGACUUUACGGCCAGCACGAUUCAUCGAACAUCAACUGAAUAAGACUGCUUUCGUUGCUGCAAGAUACUUUUCGGCAAAAACCACCGAUGAUGGCGAUAAAGGCAAUUCCAAUGAGACAUUCACACCUCAGUUACCAGCAACUGUUGCAGUGCCUGAGGUUUGGCCCCAUGUACCAGUCAUUGCAAUCAGUAGAAACAUUGUCUUCCCCAGAUUCAUCAAACUCAUUGAGGUAACCAAUCCAGCAUUGAUGGAACUGAUCAGAAGAAAAGUAAAGCUUAAUCAGCCAUACUGUGGUAUCUUUCUGAAGAAAAGUGAGGAUAAUGAUGCAGAGGUAGUGAAAGAUAUCAAUGAAGUGUAUAAUGUUGGAAUAUUUGCACAAAUUCAUGAGAUGCAAGAUUUAGGAGAUAAAUUACGCUUGGUUGUAAUGGCACACAGAAGAAUCAAAAUUACAGGCCAAAUUCUAGAUAAUCCUGAUGAGGCAAUGCCCAAAGAUGACGAUACGAGAAAGCGUAAAGGUCGCAAUAAUAAUAACAGACUGAAGAAAACGCCCGAAGUAAAACCUGCUCCAGCGACUACUGCCGGCAUUUCAACGCCACCCAAAGAGCCACUUUUAAUGGUUGAGGUUGAAAAUGUUGUGCAUAAUAAGUUUAGGCAGACAGAAGAAGUAAAAGCAUUGACACAGGAGGUUAUUAAAACGAUUCGUGAUAUUAUUAGCCUCAAUCCAUUGUAUCGCGACAGCCUGCAGCAGAUGAUGCAUCAGGGUCAACGGGUCGUCGAUAAUCCAGUUUAUUUGAGUGACCUAGGUGCGGCUUUAACCGCAGCCGAAGCUAAGGAAUUGCAGGAAGUUUUGGAGGAAAUUGAUAUUCCGAAACGGUUGAUGCUUUCAUUAUCUCUAUUGAAAAAAGAGUAUGAAUUAUCCAAGUUGCAACAGAAGAUUGGACGUGAGGUCGAAGAAAAGGUCAAGCAACAUCACAGAAAGUACAUAUUAAUGGAACAAUUGAAGGUCAUAAAGAAGGAACUGGGUUUGGAAAAGGAAGAUAAAGAUGCAAUUGGGGAAAAGUUUAAGGAAAGAAUCAAGGCGAAAGUCUUGCCAAAGGCUGUAUCUACUGUAAUUGACGAAGAACUGUCAAAAUUAAACUUUUUAGAGAGUCAUAGUUCUGAAUUUAAUGUAACGAGGAAUUAUCUUGACUGGUUGACUUCGCUCCCAUGGGGAAUCCAGAGCACUGAAAAUUUAGAUUUGGAUCGUGCUUCAGCUAUUCUCGAAGAAGAUCAUUACGGUAUGGAUGAUAUUAAACGCCGAAUUCUGGAAUUCAUCGCGGUGAGUCAACUCAAAGGCUCAACUCAGGGUAAAAUUCUAUGUUUCCAUGGACCGCCCGGCGUUGGAAAGACCAGCAUAGCACGCUCGAUUGCCAGAGCGUUGAAUCGCGAAUAUUUCCGAUUCUCUGUCGGUGGUAUGACCGAUGUCGCUGAGAUUAAGGGCCACAGAAGAACUUACGUUGGUGCAAUGCCUGGCAAGGUGAUUCAAUGCCUUAAAAAGACAAAAACAGAAAAUCCGUUGGUUUUAAUUGACGAAGUAGACAAAGUGGGAAAGGGAUUCACUGGAGAUCCAAGCUCGGCUUUAUUAGAACUCUUAGAUCCGGAACAAAAUUCCAACUUUUUGGAUCAUUAUCUCGAUGUACCUGUUGACUUAUCGAAAAUUCUCUUCAUUUGUACUGCGAAUGUGAUAGAUACAAUCCCAGAGCCGCUACGUGAUCGAAUGGAGAUGAUUGACAUGUCUGGUUAUGUAGCUGAAGAAAAAUUAGCUAUCUCUAAACAAUAUCUCAUUCCGCAAGCUAUGAAAGACAGCGGUUUAAAAGAUAGCAAUAUUAAAAUACAAGAUGACAGUCUAAAAGUGCUCAUUAAGCAGUACUGCCGCGAAUCUGGCGUGCGCAACUUGCAAAAACAGAUAGAAAAAGUUGUGCGUAAAGUGGCCUAUAAAGUUGUAAAAGACGGCACGCAUUUUGUUGAUGUUACACCAACUAAUUUACAAACAUUUGUUGGUAAACCGCUGUUUACACAGGACAGAAUGUAUCUGGACACACCACCGGGAGUUGUAAUGGGCUUGGCGUGGACUGCGAUGGGCGGUUCUACACUUUUUAUUGAGACUACUACCAGACGUUCAAAUAUAGAAAAAGAUAGUGAUGGUAGUCUAGAGCUUACAGGUCAUCUUGGUAAUGUUAUGAAAGAGUCCGCUAAGAUAGCAUUGACUGUGGCACGGAAUUUCUUAGAUGUGCGUGACGAAAAUAACAAAUUUUUACACACCAGCCACUUACAUCUCCAUGUUCCUGAAGGAGCUACACCGAAAGAUGGACCCAGUGCGGGCGCAACAAUCGCAACCGCGUUAAUUUCGUUAGCACUUGGCAGGCCAGUAAGACAGGACGUUGCAAUGACCGGUGAAAUUUCUUUAACUGGAAAAGUGCUUCCAGUUGGCGGUAUUAAAGAGAAAAUAAUUGCGGCGAAACGUUCCGGAAUCAAGUGCAUCAUACUGCCUGAACAAAACAAAAAGGACUACAACGAUCUACCACAAUUUAUCGUCGAAGGUAUUGACGUGCACUUUGUAAGUGACUAUCCUCAAAUUUACGACAUAGCUUUUUCUCCAACGGGCACUCCAUCAACAACUCCAUCAAUGACAGCGUCUACGUAAUAAUUUAAUUAUCGCUUUCGAACAGAUCAAUGCAUUCAAAUUUGAUUCAAUAUGAAAUGACUUGAUCUAAAACUUUAGUUAUUCAUCAGAUGUGAGGAAUCCCGCUGGAGUUGUAACAUAUUCCAAAUGAAAUGUAAGUUUUAUACGAUGUGACAUACCAACUACUGUGUAAAUACAAUCAAAUUACGUUGUUA